AUGGUAAAAUGUUCCUUGCCACAUAGACAUGUCUAUCCCUACGUCCAGUUGGGAAAGCACAAAGUGUAUGUUACUGAAGACACAGAGCAACGGAUCAGGAUGGAGAAGGUGAUUCGUUACCAGAAAUAUAACGAUCAGCCUGAUAACAAUGAAAUCAUGCUGAUCAAGCUGAGCAUGCCUGCCAUCUUCAGCAAGUAUAUAAAGACAAUCCCUCUGACAACCAGCUGCACUUCUGCAGGGGAGCAGUGCUUGGUUUCUGGAUGGGGCAAAACUGAAGUUGGCCCUGCUUCUGUCCUGCAGUGUUUGAAUUUGCCUGUACUCUCGAAGAUGCAGUGUAAGGGUGCAUAUGGCACGAAAAUAACUGAAAACAUAUUCUGCGCUGGAUUCAUGGAGGGAGGCAAAGACUCGUGUCAGGGGGAUUCUGGUGGCCCUGUAGUGUGCAACGGUAAACUAAAAGGUGUUUCCUUUGGUGAAGGCUGUGCUCAGCCAGGGUUUCCUGGGGUUUAUACUGAGGUGUGUCGCUACACUGACUGGAUCAAAGACAUCAUAACUAACUCUUUGUUCAGCCUGGUUGGUCCUUUACAUGUUCAUUUUCCUAAUAAGAUGCAAUUAAAUUCAGUUUAAAGCAUGUGCGUGCGUGUGUGUGCGCGCGUGCGUGUGUGUGCGCGCGCGUGUGUGUGUGUGUGUGUUUGUGUGUUUCUAUCUAUCUUUUAUUUUUAUAAGGACAUUAUGUUUUUGAGCAUUUUUUUUUUUUAACCCUCAUGCACUGUUCGAUUUUUGGCGACUGCCUAUAUAUAUGGUCCGGGUCAAAUUGACCCUAAUUGGAUUCAAUACAAUUCCCCAAAAAUCACACUAUGAAAAAAAAAACAUACAAUCAUGUAAAUAACUUUUAAUAUCAAUACUUUUCACACAUUACAAACAGUAAAUAUCUGAAUUUAUGAUUUAUAAAAAUGUUUUAAGCACUAUUUUUAAGACUGCCCCUCCUCCCACACGUGGGACAUUUACCAUUAUACAUUUAUAACAAUAUCUUAGUCUAAACCUAAAGUAAUCUUGACAAACUAUAUAUCAUUUGAAAGCUUUCAGACUUUCAGCUUUCAUAUUUUCAAAAGAAAUGACAAAGCAAUAGAUAAAUAGUGAUAGAUUCUUCAUUUGUGAUGUGGUGCCAAACUAUAACACACGCUCUGAUUCUUUCUGUAUGUUUUUUAUGUGCUUCAGGGAUUGAAUUCAAAUCAAAUAUUAACAUUACUGCCUAAACGUCUUCUAAAUAGGAUGUGUACUUCAUAAAUAUUUUGAAAAGUAUGGAAAAAUAUGGUUCAGAUCACUCAAACCAUAUAUGGAAAUCGAAGACUCCUUAUAUGGUCACUGGUGGCGUAAUGGAGGGAGCGGGACGACGGAGUUGGAGAUCCACAUGCAGGCUUUAUUUACAGGAAGAGCGUAGUCGUACAGGCAGUAGGUCAAACACCAGCAAACAGUAACAGUAAGGCAAGGCAAAAGAGUAAUCCAAAACACAGGCACAGAUCAAGGCAGGCAGCAAACAAGGAAACAGUCCAGGGUCAAAACACAGGCUAGGCAAGACAAGGCAGGACAAGGAACAAAUGGAAUGCAAACCAAUGGCUAAACAGAAGACAAGGCAGAAACAAUACUCAGCAAUGUGUGUGUAUGAGUGCAGCUUAUAAAGGUUCACUGAUAGGAAACAGGUGUGAGUGCAUGAGGUCACCGUGAUUUUGCCAAGUAAGACAUGUUCUUGGAUCAACAUAUUUUGUUGAUCCUGGAACAACAUUCCAGUCUGAAAAUUUAGUCUUAACCCUAUUCCUACCCCUAAACCUAAUCCUACCCAUAACUUACCCCUAAAAUCAGAGGGGAAAGAUAGGUGAAUAACAUUGAUGUAGAAGCACCUAACCCUGGUUGUAAGCCUAAACUUAACAUAAACGGUAAACUUGUCCCUCAAAUCUGAUUGGUUGAUUGGAAUGUUGUUCCAGGAACAUGUCUUACUUGGCAAAAUCACGGUGACCGUUCUGUGACACCCACAACAGUAACAACGUAUACAAUUUCUGUAUGCACGAUUUAUUCAUGUAUUUUUGCCCUUGAAACCACAAUUUUAAAAUUUGACAUUGUGACAUUUUAAUGAAAUUCCUUGCAAAUUCUUGUAAAUGUAAUGCAAAAUAUGUAAUUCUCAUUUCCGUAUUGUAAACAAAUAUAAACUAUUAUAUAUUAUGGUGGUGUACUGCCAUUUAAUAUAUUCUGAUUUAAAACAUAAUAAUAAAGGAACAAUUAAUGCAUUACAUGAGAAUCAUUUUCUGAGACAUUUUCCAUGGGGGUAUAAAAUGUUUUUGUGGUGUUUGGGCUGGGUGUCUGGAGACACCCUUUAAAGGGAGGGAUAUGUAAGGCUGGUAUUUGGUUGGGCUCUUUGUUUUCAUGUGCCAUUCCCACAUUUUCCUUGUUUAUGCCAUGUAUUUUGUUUUAAUUUUUUUACAUUAUUGGUUCAUUGGUUUGAUUAGAUUCAGGUGUUGUUCAUUUGCUCAUUAGUAGUCUGUGUAUUUAUAGCUGAUUUUCCCGUGCGUCUUUGUCUAGCUUUGUCAUCUUUUGAUGCUGUAGUCCUCUGUUGUGAAUUUCAUGUUCAUGCCAUGUUUUAUUUAGUCAAGUUUGUUAUGUUUAUUUUCAAGUUAUUGCUUCAUUUGUACAUCUUUUGAAUCAUGGAAUA